UGUGCGCCUCUGUUGACACUUCACUGUUAAGAUAGACAUUUUUUGCAGUGCAGUCUUCUCCUCCAAAGCCUCCGGAGCGCAGCGGUGCAGCAGGACUCCUGGCUGCCUGCUCGGGGCUGCUCACCUCCGGACAUCAUCAUCAUCAUCACACCGCAAACCUGAGCUUGUUAAUACCUGCAGGACUUGAAGCCUGUAAUGUGUACAUAUGUUUUUUUUUUUUUUUUCUUUCUUUUACAGUAAGAGGGCGUAUCCGCUUUCUGAGAGAGAGAGAGAGAGAGAGAGAGAGAGAGAGAGAGAGAGGGAGGGAGGCUGAGCCAGUAACGCGCGAGUGGAGGGAGUGGGAGGGCUUCUCGGGUGUUUUUUCGCUGGUUUGAAACAUAGGAAGAAAACAGUGAAACAGCCACGCCGCCCACUAAACAAGGCGAAGCGCGCGCGCGUCAACAAUUUCGCAAUCGCCGCUGCUGCCCCGUUUAAAUGUACAGAGGAGCGGAGGAGAGCAGACACCCGCAGACAGACGGACGGACGGCUGCCGCUGUUACCCCUACAGAGGAACCCAACAAAAGGCUUUCUAUCAGCCGAGUUCAGUGCAGCUCGCGAAGCAGAAUCGGCUCAGAAAAAGGGGGAGUAUUGUGUUGCUGAGCCAAUUUCAUUAGAGGUUCCUUGAAAGCAUCUACCGAGAGGGGGGCCGUCGGGGAUCUUCGCUUGAGCACAGAUGAACAGAUGAAGGAAGUAACGCUGCCCCAGUUUCUGAGGUUGUGUGGGGUUGCCGGAUGAAAGCGCAGCCUCAGAUGACCUUGGCAAGCUUGCAGAUCAGUGCUACGAUCCCCUGACAACCUCGGGAUGCACCAUGUUGACAUGUCGGCUGUGACAUCGCUGUGAAGUUGUGGAGCUAGCUGUGCUUUCUUUACUGGGAGCUGGUCAACGUUUCUACUAGAUCUAUUUGUUUUCUACUUAAAACAUUUCUAUCGUGUGCCAGUAAAUAUAAUAGUCAUAAUAAUAAGGGACCCACCUUUUAAAACAUGGAGACUCUUUCCCAAGAUUCCAUACUGGAGUGCCAGAUCUGCUUUAACUACUACAGCCCCCGCCGGCGGCCUAAACUCCUGGAUUGCCGGCACACGUGCUGCUCGGUGUGUUUGACCCAGAUGCGCAGCAGCCAGAAGGAGAUUCGUUGUCCAUGGUGCCGUGGCGUCACCAAACUCCCGCCGGGCCUGUCCGUCUCCCAGCUCCCGGACGACCCGGACAUCAUCACCGUCAUCGCCAUCCCUCACGCCUCGGAGCACACACCCGUCUUCAUCCGCCUCCCCAGCAACGGCUGCUACAUGCUGCCCCUGCCCGUCGCCAAGGAGCGGGCGCUCGGCCUGCCGGGGGAGCUGGGAUGUCGCUUCCUGCCUGGCAGCCAGCAGAAGGGCGUGACUGUGGUGACCGUGCCCGAGCAACAGCCUCUCGGCCUGGCUAUGGGGCUGGACGGGGUGGGGGUGGGGCUGGACGGAGGGGAGGGCGAGAGGAGAGUCACCGGCCCCGUGGGAGGCGGAGGGAAAGGAUCCACGUGGUCCGGCGUAUGCACGGUGAUCCUGGUGGCGUGCGUGCUGCUCUUCCUCCUGGGCAUCGUGCUGCACAACAUGUCCUGCAUCUCCAAACGCUUCACUGUCAUCUCCUGCGGCUGAGGGCGGCAGGGGGGGAGAGGAGGGAGGCUGCUCGGACUGCUGCGGACCCCUCCUGGAUUCCCUCACUAGCCCUGUCUCUCCUCUCGGGAUGGGACUCUGCUGAGGAGAAGGGGACUAAACUCACAUCAUGGGCAUCCAAGGAAACUACAGAGUAAUGUAGAGAGACACAGAUGAAGAAGGCAGGAAGGAGAUCCACAAAUAGUCUGCCAUUUCUUUUUUUUUUUCUUUUUUUUAUUCGGGAGACUGAAAUUAAAACGGAACGGAAAUAUACAUACCAACCCUCCCUUUCCUCCUGUCCAACAACACUUUUGCUGGCCUUGAAACUCCCGCCCUUCUCCAGACCUGUCCAUUUCCUCUCUGAAAGAACGCUUUGGGAAUUACGCCAGAUCUGUUUUUUUUUUUUUUUUGUCAGCCAGCUGAUUUAUUUUUGGCUCGUGGCCGGUCUGACACUCACAGUCGAUGGAUCGGCUGUUUAGUCUGUGGUUUGUAGAAGUACAUCAGUUAUCAUCGUGUUGUUUAGCUGAGUUUAGCUUCCAAACGCAGUGAGUCUCCAGCUGGUGCUGCAGUACGGAGACUUCGAACUUGGCUGCUCUCUCCGUUCUCUGAUGCUGCAGGAAUUAACUGUGCAGGAUCCACGUCUGGUCCCCCCCCCCCGUCUGAAUCAUGUGGGAACUUUUUUUUUUUUUUUCUCUACACACAACAGCCUGUUUCUGUUCUGGACAAACUGUUGCUAUGAUGGUUCCAUAUUGUUAGUAAAAGGGGCUGUUGUAAAAAAAAAAAAAAAAAAAAAAAAAAAGAUUGUAUUUUUCAUUCAUGCCAGCAUAUUAGACACUCAAAACCACAGGUAGUACUGAGUUGCUUUCUCAAGGCUUUAAAUGUUUUGAAUUAGCGCUGAAACGAUUAGUCAAUGAAUCGAUUUUAGUUGGUCGAUAACAGUUUUGAUAACUGAUAAAUACUCUUUAAGUCAUUUAUCGAGUAUAAAAUACCAAACAUUUGUCGGCUGCAGUUCCUUUUAAAUGUGAGGAUUUGCUGCUUUUUCUCUGUUGUAUAUCACUGGGAAUUGAAGAUCUUUUGGGUUUUGGACUGUUGGUCGGACAAAACGAGCAAUUUGAAGACGUCAGUCGGGUUCUCAACUUGUGAAUUUUCUAGAUUAAAUAAUUAAUCUAGUGAUUAAAAAAAGCAAAAACAGAUUAAUUGAUAAUAAAACUGAUUGCUAGUUGCUGUGCUAUUUUGAAUAUAUGGCAGGUGGGAAACUUGUAGCCUGCCAAAAAUCUACAGGCUAUCUGAUAAACUGUCAACGUCUUCAAUUAUUUCGAUGGUAUUGAUCUUCUCAUCUAUGUCUCUCAUCAAGUAAAUAAACAAAAUGUCAAACUAUUUACUAAAAUGUG